UACUUUCGAAAUGGGCCGCAAGCUUCCACUCGCCAAACGACCUGGAAGCCCCACAAACCUGCCAAACCCAUCUGGAGCAAGUGGCCGGGAGACUGAAUCAUCUGAUGUGUGCCAGAAGGGCUCUCCUAUCUCAGCUGUCUCGCGCAACCCGUCCGGGGCGCCAAGAUGUGGUCAGGUGUGGCGAGAUCCGCUCGGCAGCGUUUAGUUGUGUACGAUCGUGCGUCGCGACUAGAGCGCGAUCGCCACACCGGUAGCCGGUUAGCCUGUUUCUCUCGCGUCAAACCCAACGCUACGAAGCUGGUCAAAAUCAAAGUCGAAAUCGCUAGCUAGAGCCAGUUUGAACCGUCAAUCGUCACGAGGACGACAUCAAGCAACACACUCGCGUGACGCUCACUUUAUAUGCAAAGUACAUAUUGCCCGGACAGUGCAUUCCGCAGUUCAAUUCGAAUCGUAGUGAGAGUCGUACCCGCCCUAGUACGAGCGAGCACUGUGGUCAAACAGUAACGGGCCACACUGCGAACCAGUCAGCAGGAUUCGCUGGACAGGCGAAAAGAAAGUUGAGCUCCGGCGAUCGGCUUCAAAAAGCGAUGCAGUGCGUUCAUGCACUUCUUUGUAGUGGCAUGCAGCUGUCAAUCCUGUUUCUGGUCGGCCUGUUCUUUCUCAGUGAGCCCACGGCUGCUGGACGUAUAGCUGAACAGAAGCAGGCGAUAGACUUCCCAGCUCAGAUCCAAACACAAAAGAAUAAUCCUUUCAUCGAAUGGCUGGCAGGACUGAUCGGCACUUCUACGCCACCGCCUCAAGAAAAUCUCACACCACCGGAAACCUGUCCAAUGUGCAAAUGUGGACGGACGAAUCGACUUACGCGUAUCGUCGGCGGACAGGAAACACAAGUCAACCAGUACCCAUGGAUGGCAAUGCUGAUGUACUCCGGCACGUUCUACUGUGGAGGAUCACUGAUCAGUGAUCGCCACGUACUAACCGCAGCUCACUGCGUGCACGGAUUCCAACGGAGCAAGAUCAGUGUCGUGCUGCUGGAACAUGAUCGCGUCUCAACGACCGAAACGAUGACUAUGACCUCCCAAGUGUUGCGCAUCAUCGAACAUAAUGGGUACAACUCAAACAACUACAACAGUGACAUUGCCAUCCUUCGGUUGGCCACCACCAUGAACAUUGACGAUAAACUUAAGCCCGUGUGUUUGCCUACGCCGAAGAAACCUUUCUCCGGAUACGAUGGCAUCGUGACGGGGUGGGGUGCAACAUCGGAAAACGGCGCCAUCUCCACCAAUCUGCAGGAAGUAACGGUUCCGAUCAUGUCGAAUGCCGAUUGCCGAAAGACGGGCUACGGGCCUACGCGCAUCACGGACAAUAUGCUGUGUGCCGGAUUUAAGGAGGGAAAGAAGGAUUCCUGCCAGGGUGAUAGCGGAGGUCCGCUGCACGUGAUCAAACAGAACAGCACGGACAAUGUGCACCAGAUUGCGGGCAUCGUGUCGUGGGGUGAGGGUUGUGCCAAACCCAACUAUCCGGGCGUGUACACGAGAGUGAACCGGUUCGGGACGUGGAUUAAAUCCAACACGGUCGAUGGGUGCUACUGCAGUGAAGAGUAGGCAACAACUAGACUGAUCAUGCGUCUAAUUUAACCCCAUUUAAAACAUGAAUAAAUGUAAGAAACUCAAA